AUGUCGGGGUUGGUGGACGUCGAAGAGCUGGAGCGAGAUUGGUCCGAACUUUCGGACGAAUUUCGGAGCCUGGAGGCAGCUAAUCAAUCAUACCAGGAGCUGCACGAACGGCUGGAAGAAAUGCAGGAAAAAUGCACAAAACAAAUUCAACACCAGCGCUACCGGAUGCGGCAAAUAUCCAAACAUCUUAAAACGUACUUGACCAAGGAGAGGCUAACGCAUACGAAUAAGGAAAAGUUGACGCAGCUCGAUAAAAGUAUCAUGAAGCGAAAAGCACAGAUACACGAGAUCGAACAAGGCUUGCCGCAACAGAAUAGUCGAUACUUAAAGAUUAUUCUAGGUGACGUGAACGUAUCGAUACUGAACCGGAACGAUAAAAUUCGUUAUAAGGAUGAGUAUGAAAAGUUCAAGCUGAUCUUGAACGUCAUUGGAUUGCUGCUCUCGUUUUUAAAUAUCCUGUACAAUUAUCGUGCUUUGGAACUUGUGUUUCUGUUUCUGUUGGUCUGGUAUUAUUGUACCCUUACCAUACGAGAAUCGAUCUUGAAGGUAAAUGGCUCGCGUAUAAAGGGCUGGUGGCGCCUGCACCAUUUCAUUUCUACCGUCUGUGCCGGUGUGCUGCUCGUGUGGCCCCAAGGCGAACCAUGGCAACUCUUCCGGAACCAGUUUAUGUACUUUAACGUGUACAUCAGUCUGGUCCAGUAUAUGCAGUUCCGCUACCAAAAGGGUGUGCUGUAUCGACUCAAAGCGCUCGGUGAACGGCACAACAUGGACAUCACCAUCGAGGGUUUCCAUUCGUGGAUGUGGCGCGGGCUCAAAUUUCUCUUUCCAUUCCUGUUUGUAGGCUAUCUGUUUCAGUUCUACAAUGCCUUUACGCUGUACCAGCUUACCGAGCAUCCGGACGCGACCUGGCAGAUACCUGUUUUGAGCAUUUUGUUCCUCAUUCUGUUUGUCGGUAACAGUCUAACGACGCUGCUUGUUAUACUGCAAAAGCAAACCGAACACACCGAGAAUCGAUAUCGAUUGAUGAGUCUGAUCGCUUCUAAAAGACAAAAAACGGUACGGCAACCAUCAAACAGCGAUGCGGGUGAUGGCACUAAUGUAGAUUCACCAAAAUCGAAGUAA